AUGCCCUCGCCUCCUCCAGCACCCUUCGUCGUCGACCACGAGCGCAUAGCAGAUCUCGCACACACUACCUAUGCCACCACACUGCCACCACGAGGCGGAAAACCCGGCGUCAAAUCGAACGGUCGAAUCGAACACACCGUCCUCGCUGCUUUCGUCCUCUCUUACCCCUCUCCCACUGGCGAAUCUCACGACGAAUACUCGCUAAUCUCUCUCGGGACGGGACUCAAAUGCCUGCCGUAUUCAUCGCUCUCCGUGAAUGGGGAUGUGUUGCAUGAUCAGCACGCCGAGGUACUCGCGAGGAGGGGGGCGAGACUGUGGUUGUUGCAGAGAUUGCAGCACGAGGUGCAGUGUGACGAGAUCGGGUUGAGACUGUUCGAAGUGGGUGCUCAGGAGGAGUCGAGGAGGUGGAAGCUGAAGCAGUAUGUGAGGAUGCACCUGUACAUAUCCACAUUGCCCUGUGGAGAUGCCAGUGGCAGGCUGUUGGAGUAUCAACGUGCAGCACAGGAUCACGUCGCUGGCAAACCCAACACCCUCACUCCAGCCCAACUACUCCAGCUACACACUCACACACCACCCCCUCCCCAACAUACAUCGUUGAACAUCCUCAAAGACGAAGAAAGCGUCGUUCGUCGCGGCAGAGCAUCCUCAUCCAACCAGCCUUCCAGCACAACCCUCCGCACCAAACCGGGUCGUCCCGACGCCCCCGCCUCCAUUUGCAUGUCCUGUUCCGACAAACUCGCCCUCUGGAACCACCCGCACAUUGGUCUACAAGGAAGCCUGCUUUCGGCUGUACUCGAGCCGAUCCGCAUUCUUUCCGUGACGAUCUGCGAUCAUCCUACCAAACACAUUUUGCCUCCUUUCUCGAAUUCCCCUUCAGACCCGGCGAUCGAAACUCAAAGGGAAGAGCUGAAACGCCUGCUUGCAGCAGACUGCCUUCGUGCGCUCCAACGAGCACGUCCACCUUGCGAUCCCGACCCGAUCAUCGUAGGGUGGUCAACUACGCCCUUCCCGGACAGCAAAGAAUCCAAACUCGAACACGCCUGGUCUACCUUCCUCACCACCCACACAGAUUCACCACACAUAUCGAUGUUCAAGGAAUUCGAACCUGUCAGCUGUCCAAACUCUGUAUUGUUCGUACGAGAUCCGACGCUGGGAACGGCAAAAGGGACGGUGGAGAACCUUGCAAGUGGGACGAAGAUGGGUGCGUCUACAAAGCGUGUUGGGCGAGGGGAGGCGUUGAAACCUGCCGCUAGGUCGGUGUUGUGUCGAAUGAAUUGGUUCAGGUCGUUUGUGGCUGGGUAUGGCGCCAUUUGUGGAGUCGAAGCGGUUUCAAACGGAGACAUCUUGUAUGGAGAUGCGAAGGAAGGGGCGUUCGGCGACGGGACGAAGGUGUACAGGAGGAGGAAAGCGGCGUUGCUAGGUGGGACGGAAGAUGCAGAAAAGCAUGUGGAGAGGUUCUUAGCGAGUGCAAGGGAAGGCACGGCGGUCAAGGCGGUGUUUGAAGCAGACCAGGGGAAAGAGAGAAUCGCGGUGCAAGAUACGGCUGGUGUUGAGGUCGCGCAGGACGAUGCGGCGAAGACUGACUUCAAGGCUUGGCUGAGGACUCCAGCUGUCUUCUCACAAUUCGAUCUUCAUGGGCGCCAUUUUGAACAAAUCACACUUGAAACGCCUUCAGAGAUGUCAACAUCACAACACACAUCCGCACCAACCAAGUACACGCAACUGUGA